AUGGCUAGCAGCGGCCAAAGCUCAACCGGUAUUCAACUGGCGCCGAUAUUCGUCCCCGGGGCAAGCAAGGCCAGUGUUUUAAAGACCAAGCAAAAGAUCACGGCAUUCGGCCAAUGGAUGGAUCUCUCCCGCGCCCAGCCGCUCCAGCUGUACCAGAACAUGGGCUACGACGCCGAUGCCAAAAAGACCUUGACCCAGGUGCUAGAAGAUGCCGCGUUGGUCAAGGCGACCCGCGACAGGCUCGCCGAGGAAACGAGCAAGAUCCUGGCCCUGAUAGCAAAAGUCAGGUCCCUGUCCGAGACCGCCUUCUCUCGCGAGACGGCAGCGGCGGCCGGGGUCACGGCCAACGAGACCAGGGCCGCGGCCCAUUGGUUGCUCUCCACGCUGGUCAGAGAGGAACCCGUCCAGACGGCGUGCUGGCUGCAUGACCUCGGAGACGCGUUGCCGCCCGUGUUGGCGGAGGAGAUCAGGGUGGCCACCGCGGCCGCCGCGGCCGCGGCCCAGGUGCCGGUCAUCACGCCCAGCCAGGACGAGAGGGCGACGGCGCUCGAGACCGCUCUGCUCUCCGAGAAGCGGGGAAAGGAGAAAUACAAGAGCAUGUGCAUCACGCUUCGCGACCAGGCGGACUCUCUAGCAGCCGAUCUUGACGCGCUACGAGCUCAGGCGCAGAGGAGCGAGGAGGCUUCCAAGGCCCAGCUGAUUAGUGCCAUGUCGAUAAUCAAGUUGCUCGAGGCAGACGUGGCCGACCUAGAGCUCGCUAAAAACAAGCUGGAGGAGCUGGUCGAGGCUGAUGCGGAAAGCAGGAGAACCGACCUCGCGACGCUCCAAGACGAGAACGACAGGCUGCGCAAGGCGAACGAGGAGCUGAAGGGGAUAAAGGACGAUGCCGCGGACGAGAGGCUUCGCCAGCAACUGCUGGAGCUCCAGCUGGAGGUCCGGCAGGAGGGACUCCGCUUCGAGGACCUUGCCGACAAGGUCAAGGGACUGGAGGCUGACCUCCAGAUGCGGGAGGAGCAGGAGCAGCACCUCAAGGCCGAGCUCGAGGCCGCAAAGGAGCAGUCCAGGACGUUCCAAAACCAGGAGCAGGCUACGCGCCGCGACCUCAACGCCUCCCACCAGCAGGCCAUCGACGAUGCCCGCGAGCACAACGCCCGCGUAAAUGAGUUGCGCGCCCAGGCGGCGGCGCAGAACGAGGACAUGAUGCGCCAUGAAGAGAGCAACAGGCGUAACUACAUGAACCUCCUCGCGCGCCGGCGAAAAACCGAGUCCUUGUGGAGGGAAGCCGAGGCUAAUUUCGACCAGCAGCGCGAGGCCAGCGCAUUGGAAAAGGCCGAGCUGCAAGCUCAAGUCGCGCAGCUCCAGGGUCAGAUUGUCCGGCGGCACGAUGCCUGGGUCGUGGAAAAGCAGGAUUUCCAAGCUCAUAUCCUGGAGCUCCAGGGCGAGAUUGGCCAGCAGCGCGAUGCCUGGGCCGUAGAAAAGGAGGAGCUCCAGGGCCAGAUCCUGCUGCUUGCUGGUCAGAUUAGCCAGCAUCGUGAUGCCUGGGCCGUGGAAAAGGAGCAGCUCCAGGGUCAGGUUGGCCAGCAGCGUGAUGCCUGGGCCGUAGAAAAGGAGGAGCUCCAGGGCCAGAUCCUACUGCUCCAGGGUCAGAUUGGCCAACAGCGCGAUGCCUGGGCUGUGGAAAAGGAGCAGCUCCAGGGUCAGGUUGGCCAGCAGCGCGAUGCCUGGGCCGUGGAGAGGGAGGAGCUCCAGGGCCAGAUCCUACUGCUCCAGGGUCAGAUUGGCCAGCAGCGCGAGGCCAGCGCAUUGGAAAAGGCCGAGCUGCAAGCUCAAGUCACGCAGCUCCAGGGUCAGGUUGGCCAGCAGCGCGAUGCCUGGGCCGUGGAGAUGGAGGAGCUCCAGGCUCGAGUGACGCUGCUCGAGGAUCAGAAUCACGAGCAGCGCGAUGCCUGGGCCGUAGAAAAGGAGGAGCUCCAGGCUCAGAAUCACGAGCAGCGCGAGGCCAGCGCUUCAGCAUCAUUAGACCAUGCCCGUUGCGCUUGGAUGGCUGCGGCCGACCUGCUCGGGAUCCCCGAGUUCCGGCAGGGCACCUUCAGGCCAGAGAUCGGCCAGGAAAUGCUGAGCGGCCGCGAGAUCGCGAGCGCCGGAUUGCCCGCCACGUUCGUAGCCUGGGCGCUCCAGCGUCCUUGGCCGCCCGCCUCGGCUCCCGGCGCUGCCACGGUGUCGGUGCCCGAGCAGCAGCCGUUUGGCGCGGCCCUCGUGGCCUUGGCCACGUCCGUGACCACUAUGCCGCUCUCGUGGCGUGACGACUAUUCCGAUGCGUGGGCGAGGCUCGCGUCCGUUUUCCGGCACGUCACGGCCGACCAUAGUGCCGCCGCCCCUGUCGAGGCGUGGAAGAUCCACCUGCUGGAUCGACUGCUGGCUCAUAUUUUGCGCGAUGCCGCGACGACGUUCCUGCUCAGGCUGGCUGCCAGCCUGACGCUCCGCGCCAUGCACCUCCGCUGGCCGGGAGAGGUCGCCGCCGCGGCGCCGAGCGGCAUCGCCGGCCGUGGUCUCGGGGCCUCUGACCUGCACCACGCCCUCAUCGCCCACGUCAUGCAAGGCGUCGGCCUAUCGGACGACGCGUCCAGGCACGUGGGCCAGAUGCAGGACCGUCUCAGCGGCCGCAUGAUUACGCUCAUGUGUCCGGGCGAAUUGGGCCAGGAUUCGCCUGGCAUGCUGGUCCUUGACCGCCAAGCCGAGGUCCUCUGCUGGGUCCACGCUGAUCACUGCAGGGCCACCUUCCCGGUAUUAUCGCUGACGAACCCCUGGGGCGGCCCGUCUUGGCAGCUGGACCUGACCGGUUCGCCCAGCAUGGACUGGCUGGCGGCCUUUUUCUUCCAUUGCUGCAUCUGA